CGAUCCCGGAGGUAGGUGUACAAACAUCAAACCUGGGUGAAGCUGUUCAAACAACACUUUCUGCUGUGAUAAGUACUGGUUCGGUUAUCGAAUCGGCAAGCCCUGGUGUAUCAAACACACGCUCUGUUAUGUCAGACUACACAUCUGCGUCGAUAGAUCCUUCUCCAACGACGCAUGACGUCUCAUCCACCGUCAUUCCAACAACAUCACUUCCUCCACCGACGUUGUCCAUGACCGAUGUCAGUGUCUACGAAGGAGACGGGGACGUGAUUCUCCUGUGUCAGAUGGACAGAAACUACACAUUCAGCAGUGUGCACUUCUUCAAGGAUGACGCCCUGUUAGGCCAGUCUCCAGACGUCAGCGACAACAUGACCGAGUUCACCUACAGGAUAAACGAUCCACGCUGCACUGACACCGGAGGAUAUGAAUGUCGUGUAGUGAGCGAAGAGGGGAAUCUCACAACGACGGCGAAUGUUACAGUUCUUGUUCGAUCAGGACAGCCGACCUUGACCCUGCCGUUUGAGAUAGUGGAAGGCAGAUGGAAGGAGACGUCAUUGUUUGUGUGCACCUACAGACAAGGUGUCCCUCCAGCUGAAGUAUACUGGAGUGCAACACUGGCCAAUGGAACAACACUGGACAGACUGAACUUCAUCACACAGGAGUUUGUGGCGGAGAACCAGACUGACACGUGUGCCCUGGAGGCGACCUCCCAGUUUUACUAUGCCUUCAGUAUGGCAUGGAAUGCCUCCAGCAUCUGCUGUAACGUCAAGCAAGGAGCUAACACAUCCACAGCCUGUGGAGAUGUUCAUGUUAUUCCAUCGGACAUGUGCGUGAACCAGACUGGGAAAUUAGAGCAUCCCUACACGUGUCAACUCUGGAUCUCAUGUGUCAACGAUGUUGUGUACAUCGGGACAUGUGGGGAAGGCCAGUGCAUUGAUGUAGAGAAUGAUAUGUGUACGUCAGGAGGUCCUCCUCCUGGUCCAUCAGGUGAAUUCUCCUGUGAAGGCAGAGUGAGUGGCGAUCGCAUACCACGAAGUUACACAUACCCAAGUCACUGCAGAGAGUACUACUGGUGUGUGAAUGGUGCUCCCAACAACAUUACAUGUCCUGGGGAUUCCUAUGUCAUCUGGAAUACAACAUCAGAGUUGGCCUGUACUGACGAUUAUGCUCUUUCAUAUUGUGCAGUGAAAGCUGCUAAUGAAAGUACGAGUGGGACAGGAACGACUGUGGCGCCAGACAGAAACCACGACGAUAGAUCCAUUCUCCUGCAAAAGCAGAGCAACUGGCGACAAUAUUCCUCGUGAAUACACUCAUCCAAAUCACUGCCAGGAUUAUUAUUGGUGCGUAAAUGGAGCUCCCUACAAUAGGACGUGUGCGGGAUCGUCCUUUUUCAUGGCUAAUGCAACACAAGCUUUGGCCUGCACCAACGAUCUUUCACUGUCAUAUUGUGCACAGCAACGUCCCCCAACCACUGCUGGUGAUAAUAACACUGAAGAUACAACCGUCACUACCGUGGAUCCAACAAACGUCACGUCAGCUCCUCCCUCCAAGUGUGACUGCAGCAUUUACAGCUACAUCGCCAGGGCGAACACCUACCCCAACAACUGUACUCUGUACUACUGGUGUGUUAAUGGAGUGAAGACGCCUUAUGAAUGUGGUGCUGGGCUACAGGUGCAUUAUAACAUUUCAGAGGCCAGCAUACCGUGCACAAACAAUCCCACAGACUACUACUGUCAACAUGUAGAAGAUGGUACAAUCGAGCCCUGUUCGUGAAGACACAGCUACAUACUUCAGCACAUGAUGCGGGAUGUUCCGAUGAUACUGGACAUGAAGGAUUGAUGGACAGUUGACGGAUAUUACUCACAUCGGGACUUUCCUGUUUUCAUUUUAAUUGAUAAUGCAUAACAAGUUCAUCACUAUCAGUGGCAUUGAUUCCAUAUGAUUGGUGAAUGUCUGAAAAUCUAAUACUACUACAAUUGCUAUUAUAUUUUCGUAAAUGUGAGUGUCAUUUGAAUUGGUGUAUGCAUCAUAUUUCACGUACACAUUAACAUCUACCAUAUAAAAUGCUAUAUCAGCAUAAGAAAGGUUUUGAUGUCAUUCCGGAUUUUACUUUACUGACACUAUGACCAAUUAUGCUUGUAUUUCAUUGCAAUAUUUGCUGUUAAAAGGUGUAUCUGUAAGUGUUUUAUUCGAUUGUAUAUUUGGGCGGAUGUGUCAGUUCAAAUUAUGCUUCUUGAGAAAGUAUUGGCAGAGUGAAGAGGAAGCUUUUAAUUUCAUACUGAAGAAAAAUGGUCUUUGUCGGAAGAAUAUGUUUCGUCCUCAAAGAAAACAAUAGGGCAUCCUCUAGAUGUACAAAAUGCAUGGCUAUAACAGUGUGGAAAUGGACAUAGAUUUAUAACGGAUUAAUGAUAAAUAAUUUCACCUGAGAGUGCUGUACAAUUCAUUUUCUCUUGAUACUAACUAUGUAUGUAUUUAUGUAUUUAUGAUCUGUAUUCUUGUCCGCAAUAUGUUUAGACGAGCAUGAUGAUUGGUAUAAAAAAAAAACAACUAACUUUGAUAAAGACUGAAGACACUUAAAGUGAGUUUAAUCAAGACAAGGGGUGAUUCCCAAAAUUUACUGUAAAGGAUCACCAAUUCAUGGUUAGGAAGUAACUUCUACAAUAUAUGGGAUCGAAUAUUGAGAGCGUAACGACUAUUUAUGUUGUUUCUUUCUUUUGUGCUUGAAAUAUGUACAUUAUUGCGUGAAAUAUGUGUUAUGAUAACCAAAUGUAGCUAUUACUCACCUUAUUUACUGGAAAGGAUACAGAGGUCGAUAUGGACUGAAAUACAAAGACGGUAUACGUAUUUUUUUUAAUACUGCGGUUCAGUAUAUCUGUCAAAGCAGAAAGCACUGAUUGAUUUUAUUUGUUAUUCUUCACAACUAAAACGACCAAUGUGUGUAUAUUUUAUGGGUGAUUGCAGUACGUCGCUGACGUUAUGUUGCCGAUAGCAAUGAGCAUGAUCAGUUUUCACGUGUAUUUCUAUAUCAAAGUUGACGUUUUAAGAGUAUACCUGUUAUUUCUUUUACUUAAUAACACAUAUCUUAAAUAUACUAUAAAUAUAUACUCUAAACAUACUAGAAACAGUUAUUAUCCACACGUGUUUGCAGAACAAGUGUAAGAACUUGUAUGUACAUUGAAGAUAGUUUUAAUUCUGACUGAUCCGUUAACCAACAUUGUUUCAUUGGAUCUCGAAACUACUUCACCGCUUAUUGGAUGUCUUAGGUCACGUACAUUCAUUUGAGACUUAUGUGUUAUCGUCUCACAGGAAAGAAAACCACAUUGACGACACUAUCAAUUUAUGACAGAAACGCUCACUUAUAUGUUUGUUUGACAUUUUUGUCAAAAUAAAGUUGUUACAAACACAAAAUAUA